AUGAAGGUUCUAGCACCGUUGGCCCUUGGGGCCUGCGUUCUGGCCACCGCCCUCACCGAGGACGAGUUCCCGGCGCUGCUCAACCACUCGACCAUCCGCUUUGACCGGCUUCAGAGCAAGUGGGAGCUCCUCAGCGCCGAUAAGUCGAACAAGAACGCGACCAAGACCAAGAAGCCAAUCUUUGCGCCCUCGCCGACGAGGACGAGGGACCACCCGCUCCCGGAUCCGACAGAGCCUGACCCCUGGAGCGGCCUCGAGCUGAACUGGCCGUGCCUCAUCAACGAUGACUUCCUUGAGCUCGGCUGCCGCCCUGUCAUGUUCUUCUUUGCCCGUGGCUCCAGCCAACUCGGUAACAUGGGAAGGAAGCCCGGCCCAUUCAUCGCCAAGUUGCUCCGCGACCACUACGGCUUCCGGAACGUCUCCGUUCAGGGCGUCGGGUACGGCGCCUGGGUCCUGGGCAACCUCAUGAAGGACGGGACCGACGCCAAGGGCAUCAACCUGAUGAAGCAACUCCUGCACGAGGCCGCCGUCUCCUGCCAGCACUCCAAGAUCAUCGUCUCCGGGUACAGCCAGGGCGCCGCCGUCGUGCACGCCGCGUUCGAGACGCUAGAGCAGGAGGUCAUCGACCGCACCAACGCCAUUGUUCUGUUUGGCGACACCCGGACCAAGUACAGCAACAACACGGUGGCCAACUUCCCCCGCAACAAGACGCUCUCCCUCUGCAACAAGAAGGACAUCAUCUGCGAGCAGGGCAGGCUCAUCCUCAACGACAACCACCUCGACUACACGAACCGCUCGGAGGAGGCCGCCCAGUUCAUCAUCAAGAUGCUGCCAGACGUCCCCAGCAAGCACGGAAAACUUCCAUUUCACCCGCCCCCUCCGCGUCCUCAAUACCGGCCCUAA